AACCAGAAACAUAGCCGAGAGAGUUAAUCAUGCAGACUUGAGCCAUAUAAAAUUUUAAAGUGGAGAAGAUGUUAUUCCCAAGAGAUCGAAUUUUAGCUUUCGCAAAAUUAUUCACCGGUUAAAAAAAUAAGCAUGAACCGCAGGGAAAGGGUGUUAGACGACUGUUUUAAAGUGAACUUUUGAAGAUGUGGUUACUUAAGCCCACUCAUAUUAACGUAAUAGGGCUGUCACAAUGGCUCUUUAGCAUCCGUUGCGGCAAUGUUUUUUACUGAUGUGACGAGUAAAACGUUCCGUGGUACCACAAUUAGAGUAUUGCCGCAUAUAUGCACUGUAAAAUGAUUAACGGGGAUCCAAGUGUGAAGCAUAGCUAUGAAGAUAUUUUGGAGCUAAAAGUGGCAAGACAUAACCACAAUGAGUUGUUAAAUAUAGACGGAGAGUUAGAUAUUCAAUCCAGCGAUACCUAUACAGUUCAACAAGCUGUUAAUCUUUUAGGAUUUGGAUGGUUUCACGUUAAACUAUCACUGUUUGUUGGACUUUGUUGGAUGGCCGACUCUAUGGAAAUGACUAUACUUAGUAUUAUUGGGCCAGCAAUGCAAUGUGAAUGGAAUAUAUCAACUUAUCAGAAAGCUCUAAUGACGACAGUCGUAUUUUUAGGAAUGAUGAUUAGUCCUUCAUUUUGGAGUCAAUUAAGUGACCGAUACGGCCGAAAAUCUGCCUUAACAUUUUGUGGAGUGCUGCUUGUGUUGUAUAGUUUACUCAGUUCUGUGGCUCCCAACUUCACCUGGCUUUUAAUUUUACGUGGACUUGUCGGCUUUUCUAUCGGAUGCAUUCCGCAAUCUGUUACUCUAUAUGCAGAAUUCCUUCCUUCAAAGCACAAAGGAAAGUGUGUGGUCUUAAUGGAUUGUUUCUGGGCUUUGGGGGCUUGCUUUGAAAUUGCCUUAGCAUUGGCAAUUUACCCUAACUUUGGUUGGCGGUGGCUUUUAGGUUUAUCAGCCGCACCAUUAUUAUUAUUUACAUCUUUGACACCGUGGCUUACAGAAUCUGCACGAUUUCAUACCUUGAAUGGGAACAACGAGAAAGCGGUUCGAGUUCUGGAGCAGAUUGCAAAGGACAAUAACCGUCAAAUGCUGAUUGGUCGUUUGACAGUCGAUCGGGAAACUAAUUCACCUGCUCAUAUGAGAACAUUACUUAAGCCCGAAUUAAGGAAAAUAACAUUAUUACUGUGGUUUAUAUGGAUGUCCUGUGCGUUUUGCUAUUACGGCCUAGUAUUAAUAUCUGCAGAACUUUUCCUUAGAGACAAAGCAGAUUCAAUAUCAAAUCAAGAUUGCAACACAUUCAAUACACAAGAUUUUAUGGAUCUAAUGUGGAUUACUUUCUCCGAAUUCCCUGGUAUAUUUUCAACAACAGCUGUUAUUAAACGGUAUGGCAAGAAAAAAACAAUGGCUCUGCAGUUCUUAAUUUUUUCUGGUUGUGUUUCAUUACUUUCGCUCCAUAAAAGCCGCAUCUACACCAUCUCGAUCCUAUUUAUUGCCAGAGGAGUCAUAUCUGGCCUAUUUCAAGCUGCAUACAUAUACACACCUGAAAUUUAUCCCAACAAUUUACGCUCUGUAGGAGUUGGCGGAUGUUCAACAAUAGCUCGGAUUGGCGCGAUGGCUACACCAUUUAUUUCUCAAGUACUUUUCCAAACCUCAGCAUCAAGCGCGCUCAUUAUUUAUAGCUUAGUGGGUUUAUUAUCUGCAGUCGGUUGUAUAAUACUUCCAGAUAAUCAAGUUUUAGCAUAAGUUUAGGUAUUAGGGGGCGAAAAUGUAUUUUAGUGAAUCAAAAAAAUUGUAUGUGGAACAGAAUUGACAACGAAAUGAGCGAGAUGUUAUACUAUUAAAAUAUACAGAAGGUGUGUAAUCAUAACAGAAAAACCUAAAUAAGAUCGUUGAACUAUGAGUUUUCUGCCGGCUAACGUUAACAUAGAAGCCGCAUACUUAAACAAGAGCAGCAACUCUACGCAAAGAGAAGAUAACACAACAACAAUUCAUCAAAUAAUGACAAUUGGAUUGUUCCAGUACUUUCCGACAAUAAUUGAGCAGCCGCAAAAAGGGCUAGAAAGCCUUCCAGUACGGAAGCAUUCUCUGCAACUGUCGUACGGAAACGGAGGAGGAAAAGCUCGGCCAAAUGCCCAACAGAGAACGCACUCGCUAAUUGUAUAUACUUGCUCUCACCACCAUUAAUUCGUACGCCUAUGAUUUCUUCUCGUAUACACCCCGCUGCAAAAUUACAAACACACCCCUAUUUUAU